AUGCAGAUGGUGGCGGCCGCCAAGAUGCGCCGCGCCCAAGACGCCAUUGCCGCCGCUCGUCCCUAUGCCCAGCGGCUAGACCGGUUGCUGAAGCAGCUACACCAGAGCGUCGAUACGCAAGAGCAACCGCUUUUCGCCGAGCGCGCGGUCCAGCGCGUGGCCUUGGUAGUCGUAACCUCCGACCGCGGUCUUUGUGGCGGCUUUAAUUCCAAUCUGUGUCGCCGCGUCCAAGCCGAGCUAGGCGAGUACGCGGACGCCGAGGUCGAGUUAAUCACGGUCGGACGCAAGGGCCGGGACUUUUUCAACGCUCGCGGGUACACUAUCGCCAGCCACCACGCCGACGUGUUCAGCCGGCUCGAAUUCGCCCGCGCUACGGCUAUCGCCCAAGACCUGACGCGCCGCUUCGCCGCGGCCGAGACCGACCGGGUGUUGCUCUGCUACAGCGAAUUUGUCUCGGUUGCCGCGCAGGUGCCCGUCGUCAGCCAGCUUUUGCCCAUCGUGCCCGAGGAGGGCGCAGUCGAGGCGGCUGACUACACUUUUGAGCCGGGGCCCGAACAGUUGUUGGAAACGCUCGUGCCGCGCCAAGUCAACUUCCAGAUCUGGCGCGCCCUGUUGGAGUCGAAUGCAGGCUUUUUUGCUGCGCAGAUGACCGCAAUGGACAACGCCACCAAGAACGCUGGCGACCUAAUUGAGGAACUGACCCGCGAGGUAAACAAGGAGCGGCAGGCCUCGAUCACCCUUGAAUUGAUGGACAUCAUCGGCGGGGCCGAGGCCGUGGCCCAAUAG